AUGGCGAUGAUAUCGAGUAUGGAGAUGACAGAGGAGAAGUAUCAGGAUAUUAUUACAGAAGAGGACCAGAAAUUCAAGCGUCUCCGAUUAGACUUCAUGAAUGCAUCUGAAUCCUGGAAUUCAGAAAAACAACAAUUCCAUCAGGAGAUUCUGGCGAGAAACCAACGGAUUCAGGAGAUCCACGUGGAGAAUAUCCGAUUGAAAGCUGAAAAUGAGUUCAAGGAGAAAAUGAUUCAACAGUUGAUGAGCAAGUUGUCGACGCCUUCUGGAUUCUUCCCACCGCCGAAUCAAUAUGAUCCACGUCUACAGUAUCCCCCAUCUGAAUUCAAAUGA